UCUUGUCCCUUGAGUGAUACAUACUAUAUAAACAAACAAGUUUCGAUUGUUUAAAGCAAAUAUCGAAGGUACGUAUGCACGGUACUUACGAUACUCUUAACUUUCGAUGAAAUACCGAUUUUUAUGUAACACGUUCGUGUCAGUAGUAAUACCGGUAGAGUUACUAAGAAAAUAAAGAAAAAAAGAAAAUGAUCAUUGGCGAGACAAAAAAGAGGAACUAUCGAAAACGUGAUACAACGAGAGAAAAGACGGGAUUACCUUUAUACAAUUUCCGUGUAACUCCAUGAGUAUGAGAAAGAGAGAGAGAGGAAGAGAGAGAGGGAGAGAGAGAGAGAGAGAGAGAGAGAGAGAAAAGAAAAAGAGAUAGCAGGCUCAGAAUCGCGUGUCACGCGCCGAGUGCGUAGCACACACACGCUCGUCGCGGAUUAUUCGUAGGGCCGUCGUGAAAAGUAAAACGCGUUGGACUCUUGGUAGAUACGAUGUACAAGCGCAUAUACACGUAUUCUCGGUAGUAGAGAGGAAGGGGAAGCUGCACGGCUCACUCGCGAGACGAAACGAGACGAUUCGAUCGGUAAGCGUGAGUAAGAGAGAGAAAGGGGAACGGGCGACGAGCCGUCCGGGGGACGAGAACGGCGGGCAUCGAUUGGCGCGCUAGCCGUGACCCCCACCAUGCCGCUUUCGCUUUCACCCAAUGAGGCCUCACUUUCGCGCUCGCCCGCGCUCCGAGCCACGGCAGCCGGCACGCUGUCGUCGCCGGUACUCUCAGUGAUUCUGGUGCACCCUAAGUGUGAGCGAAUGUGCGAGAGCGUGCGUUUUUUCCUCUCGUCAUAUUUCUCAGAGCCACGCACGAGAGAAAAGAGAGAGAGAAAGACAAAUAAAAGAAAGAACGUGACAGAAAAAAAACGUUCUUACGUUGGUGAUUUUCUAUUCGCGAUUUGGUUGCUAAUAUUCAUUGAAGGCACGAAAAUUUAAGAGAGAGAGAGAAGGAGAGAGAGGGGGAGUGGGAGAGAGAGAGAGAGAGAGAGAAAGAGAGAGAGAGAGAGAGAGAGAGAGAGAGAUAGAUAAAGAGAGAAAGAGAGAGAGACGAAAAUCAAGAAAAACGGCUGCAACGGCUUUUGAGGUCGCUUGUUUGAGAGCCAUGGCCCCUCGGCGCCACGGCAACGGUCACGCUACUGGUGGUGGCCUCGGAGACAACAACGGUGUAGGUGCGACCGGAAGUAACGACGCCGUUCAAAUGGACAACAAUCUCGUAGUUGGCCAGAACAAUAACAUCAACAACGGCAUCAACAAUAACCAAGGUACGAUUCGUUGCUGCACACCGACGGGCGAAUGUCUGCGCAGUGACUCUCUUAUUCGAAUGAACGCCUUGCAUGAUACGGUCAAGGUUAUUUGCAACAACGAGAACUGCCCGGUCGGUCAGUUUAUGCAUCGCGAGUGCUUCGAUGCGUGGGAGCAAACGAUCCUGACCUAUCUUAAAAGCUGCGGACGCGCAAGAAGCUGGUCUGAGAGACAACGUCAUCAAAAUCUCUGGACGAAAAAAGGCUACGAUCUUGCGUUUAAAGCUUGUGGAUGCCGUUGCGGUCGCGGCCAUCUUAAGAAAGACCUCGAUUGGAUGCCACCGGGCUUAGGUAACGCUGCCGGCAAUCGUCACGAUGAGAACGAAGCGAAGAAAAAGAAACGACGCAAUCGGCAGAACACUCGGCCGACUUUAGCCGUGUCGGCCGGUCCACCGAACCACUCGAGUCACGUAGUUUCCGCGAACGGACGUGGCACCACCGAAGCACAACUUAUCGAGUCUGGACGUGGCAGGGCCGGAUCCCUUUCAUCGAGCACCGGGUCGAGCUCACCGCCGGCCACCAGCGAACCCAGCGUCAGUCCUCUUCAUCAACCCCAGGCUAUCGUCAAGAAGAAAAGCAAGGUUGACUUUUUUGCAGAUCGGGCCAGACAAAGCUGCGGAGCCAAUGGUAUCUUCUCCCGUCGCUUGGACUUCAGCGCAUUUAACAGCUUGCCCCGCACCAAACUGAACUCCUAUCAUAUCAAGAUGGAGGAUGAGGGUAAUCACGGCAACGACGAUACCAGAUGCUUCAUUUUAUCGACUUUGGCUGCAUUGCAGUGGUCCAGAGUCUCUUGCGUUCUUUGUCGUGCCGCCAUGCUUGUCUUUGAUCGGUAUCCUUUGGUAGACGGCACUUUCUUUCUAUCGCCACGACAACAUUCUCCGGCUUGUGCUGAGGUAAAGGUCGAAGGUCGUACGCAAUUCCUAUCGGCCGUCUGCAUGAGUUGCCUUGAAGGUAGCGGCAAUGCUCCCGUGCGUUGUCGUUGCUGCACUCAACCAUGGGAUGGUUCCAGUUUGGUCCUUGGCACCAUGUACAGCUAUGACAUAUUCGCUGCUAUGCCCUGUUGUACGGAACGUCUCAAGUGCAACAGCUGCCAGAAGCCACUGAUCUACCCUCAUCAACGACUAAACUUUUACUCGGACUACAGCCGCGUGUUCGCCUGCCCGCACUGUAGAACCGUCGACGCCCACUUCGUGAAGCCUCUAUCGGUCUGCUUUACCCGCGAGCAAUUUCAACUCUAUAGUCAGUGGCCGUAACCAUUAGGGAAGUUAGCAAACCGGCGUCUAAGCAGUACGCCGUCCGACCCGAGCCCUCUCUUUUUCGACCCGUUGAUUUCCUUGCUUCGGGCGACCUUGCUCUAGAUAUUAUCUGCGAGAUUAUGACGUUAUUCUUAUCUCAUUACGGCAUUAUUCUUUCUCUCUCUGUCUUCGAGACAACGUCCACAAAAUAAUUUACAGAACGCAUCCGAUUUCUCUCUUCCCCGAUCACAAGUCGAUUUUAUUCGUAACGAAUCCUUUCAAAUUCUCUUACCCCUUGGAAAUUAUUCUUUUAGCAGAUGAUCUUGAUCAAUCGCUUUGACAAUCAUGAUUGCGAUCGCGUCGUUGCGAUUGAUCGAGAUAUCAAAUUUUUUAUUUUCUAACACGAAAAGGGGUAGGCUUCUAUCGGUACGUUCUUUUCAACAUAUUAGAUCAAGAGCAAAGAAUCGUCUGUUUUUUGGAAAAGGUAUAUACCAAUUAAAGAGACAUAUUCGAUGCUUUUCUCUUGACUGGUAAAUAUAAAUAUACAUAUAUAGGUAAUAAGAUAAUAAGUGAUAAUAGAUCGUGGCCGAUGUAUCGAGCGAGUGCAUCUCAUGACACCGAUCACAUAUUCUUGUUUUAGUUUUUCUUUCUUUUUUUCCCCCGUUCAUAAAGCUUGAAUCUCAUAGAAUGAAGGAUUAAUUAUGUUUAAUCGCGCGGUUAAAAGAAGAGUUUUAUUUAUCAGUAUUAUUAGAAUGAUGGAGGAAAAGCGAGAGAUGGUGGAAUUAUUGAGAAUCAUCGUCUCGAUACGUGCCAACGUCUCAAACUUAAGUUUAGAGUAGCUUUGUUCACUUGGUAAUUCACCGGUGUAAUCGGAAAAAUCUCUUAAAAUCGUUUAUUAGUCAAAUCGUAUUUCGCUGUUUCUUAAGUUAAAUCUUUUUAGUGAAAUAAGUUUCGUAGAGAAUUACUCGUGUAACAUUGUCUUUUUCACACAACUAUCUUACGGACUACUAGUUUAAGGAAAGCGUUAAAUUUAGUUUAGAAAAAUCUACGUAAGAUAAAGUGGGAUUGGAAGGAAAGACAAAAAAUGGGCUUUUAAACGCGCAAAUUUCGGUAUUCAACAAAAACGAAAGAAAGAUAUAAAAUUGACGAAGUAUAUCUCUGUUGAUAUUCUUUGAGGAUAUCCUGUGAUCGGUGUUAUGUUCUUUUCUUUGCUUCAAAAUGAGAGAGAGAGAGAGAGAGAGAGAAAGAGAGAGAAUCUAUCGAUUCCCAUUGACAUCGAUCAUCUUAGUCAAAUUUUCUGCUUCGAAAGUAAUCAUAGGAACGAAAAAGAAAAGGUUAUUCGACGACGUUAGGUGGAAAAAGUAUAAUGGGUUCAACAUAAAAAGAAAAAUGAAAAAAAUCUAAAGGAUGAUGAAGGAAGAAAAUAGAACAGAAUAAAAGGGGUAAACAAAAAGGCUAAGGAUUUUACUAAAAGGUCAAAAAAAAAACUAUUGUUUGUUACUUAGAGAUAAUCGAGAACGUUGUUUUUUUUUACAUUUUAUUAGUUUAUAUGUUUAAGGCGGCCAUGUUGAUUUUGUUUUAGGAUCUACGACUCACGCGAUGGGUUUAUUAAAUUUCGAUUGGUCGAGUGUUCCUGCGCGGACUUUUCCCUCUCUCUCUCUCUAUCUCGCAAACUUUCGUAUGAAUUAAAAAAAAAGAUAUGAGAUAAAAGGAUGAAAUGACAGAUAGGUAAUAUUUGCGAGAGAGAGAGAGAGAGAGAGAGAGAGAGAGGGGUGGGGGAGGGAGAGACAGAGAGAGAGGGUGAGGGUGAGGGAAAUUGAUUAGAAAUAAAUUUUACCCUUUCGGUCGACAGCAAUAAAUUUUGAACUAAACUCUAUCUAAAAAAUUUAAUUCUCUAUCUUUUUUAAUUUCGAUCACGCGAUAUAUUAUCUCUCAUUAUUUAUUCGUACGAAAUUCUGCGAGAAAAGCAUAAGAGAGAACUGCUACGAAGAGUCCACGCGCGCUCGAAGUAUAGUCAGUGUAUAGAUAUAUACGUUUUAAGAAAAUGUGUGUGCGAGAAAAAGAGAGAAAGAGAGAGUGAGUCUGGGUAUGCGUGUAGAUUUUAAGGUUUGAUUGGAUUGACAUUACGAAGGAGAACCAAAUUAUAAGAAAGAUAGGAGAGAAGGUUAAAUUGACGAGUAAAGAAUUGAUAAUGUAGAAAAGGAAGGAUAAGAGAAAAUGAGAGAAAGAGAGAAAAAUACGAAAAUAGGAAAAAAAAAAAGAGAUAGGAGCUAAACUUCUUUCUGGCGAUGCUGGUCGUUGCUGUCCAUCAAUAGCGGCCGUCCCACAAACACAGACCGCCCACCAUUUUUCCCAAGAUAGUAUAGUCGAUCGUAUAUAAUGUAUCUUCUUUACGUUAUUCGAUUUUUAAAGUAUAAUUAAUCAAUGAAUAAUUAAACGCCGGGAAGAAUUCUAUAUUUAGGGAAGAUAUAAUAAUAGUGUAGAGAGAGGGGGAGAGGAAGAGGAAGAGAGAGAGAGAGAGAGAGAGAGAGAGAGAGAGAGAGAGAGAGAGAGAGAGAGAGAGAGAAAGAGAGAGGAGGUCCUCUUUGAUUUCGAUUGAAGAGGAAGGAGAUGCAAGAUGCAGGAGGAUUCUUCUCUUCGUUUUGCAACCACAACACCUCGCCUCGGUCCUUUCUGUUUUCUUCUUAACUUUCGUUUAAUUGAUUGAACGAAUCAUAAAUGAUAGUCGAGGUGUGACGGUGCUGAUGGUUUGCCUUUCUUCGUUAGAAAGACGUAAGAUGUCUGAAAACGAAUGCGUUCGAGCAUCAGAGGCAUUAACGCAUUAAAGAGGUUGCAUUUAUCAUUUUCUUUCUGCCGUAAACUCCUUCGUAGACGAAAACGUAGAAAGGAUACAGUCACUUCUUUUUAUUCGCUUUUUUGCGAGAGAGAGAGAGAGAGAGAGAGAGAGAGAGAGCGAGAGAGAGAGAGAGAGAGAGAGAGAGAGAGAGAGGAAGAGAGAGAGAGAGAGAGAGAGAGAGAGAGAGAGAGAGAAAGAGAGAGAGAGAGAGAAAGAGAGACCAUUUCUCUCGUCAAAAAGCUAAAUUUUCUCAGAGUGCCAAAACAAGAAUUCCCGCUUUUUUUUUUAUCCUUUAUACAAGUUUUUUUUUCCCAUGCUCUUAUUUUUUUUCCUCUCCUAUGAUCCGCUCCUCCCGAUUCAUAUUCUAUUUUCUAUCUAAACCUGUGCAGUAGUUCUUUCCCUUUUCUUUUUUUUUUUCUUUUUUUUUCCUAUUGAAGUGGAUAAAUAAAAAAAGAUGAAAAAAGAAAGGAAGAUGAGAAACGAAAAGUCGUCAGCGAGUCGACAAAACUAGUAUAUUGCAGCUUAUCCUUUUUGGGGGCGCUUUUUUUUUAGAAAAAAAAAAGAAAAAAAUAAAAAAAAAAAAAAAUGAAAAGAAAAUCGCGCCUCGCACUCCCUACCGUUUUCAAUUUUUCGACCGACGAGAUGAUCCAUUUCGUUGGCUGCCGCGAAGGCCGGUGCUGGCCUGCACGCGAUAAUUAUCGACUAUUUGCAGUUCCUAUUGUCACGUCUCUUUUUAAACAAAUAUGAGAGAUAGAAAUAGAGAUAAAUAGAGAGAGAUGGAGAUAAAUAGAGAGAGAGAGAGAGAGAGAGAGAGAGAGAGAGAGAGAGAGAGAGAGAGAGAGAGAGAGAGAGAGAGAGAGAGAGAGAGAGAGAGAGAGAGAGAGAGAGAAGUGAAGAGAAAAAUAAGGGAAAGGAAGGGUAAAAAAUAGAUAGAGAAUAAUAAAAAGAGACGGACGAUCGCUCUUCGUUCGAACGAGUUGUUUUCUACAUUUCGUUUAGUUCCUCGCAAAAAUUUCAAGAAAAUUUUACGGGAAGGUAGUAAUUGUAAGCUUGUGAGAAUUAAAUUGAGAAAGAAAGAAAGAGAGAGAGAGAGAGAGAGGGAGAGAAAGGGAGAGGAGAGAGAAACUAGGUGAAGAUCUAAACUUACGUUUAAUUCCCCUUUCAGGAUGUGUACACUUACUAUCACGGUUUUUUUUGCACCUUUGCUACACUUCGCCGUUGGUGCGGGCGUUUGCUUUUUUUUUUUUUUUUAUUUUUUUUUUUAUCUUUGAGCUAUUUUCAAAACUUCUUCAUUAGAUCGUUUUUAAAAGAAACUGAAGAAAAAAGAGAGAAGGAUCGGAAGAGACAAGAUGAAUAAGAAAGGUCGGGGGAAAAAAUGCGAGAGAAAAUAAAUUUUUGUAACACUCGUUUUGUGAGUCGCCGGUAUCGACGUCAAUUAACCGAGCGAGCGUUUCAUAUUUCGAUGGUUUUAUUCGUAUAUAUAUAUAUAUAUAAAAACAUAUAUUAUAUGCAUAUAUAUAUAUAGUAAGAAACAAAGAUAAAAACGGAGAGAUAGACUCGUGGGUUUUUUGGUAGGUUCGCACUAUUUUUGAAUUCGCGUCGGUGUGACCUAAUUAUCGAUAUCCAGCAAUCGCAAAUUUUAUAUUAAUAUUACCGAAUAUUCUCUAUACACUCGGGUACACUCAUAUAUAUGCAUACACACAUGCGGAAAUAUAUUAUCUCAGGAGUAUGUUUGACUUAUUUGGUAAGGGUGAAGAGUUGUGUCUUCAGGACGAUGGAUUAUAUAGAACAGGUUAAAUGAGUGGUUGAAUUAUGAAAAGAGUUUAGAAGAUAGUCAUUAUGAAAGCGAGGAAGAAAAACAAUGCUAAAGUAUGGAAAUGAAGGUUUGUAUCAUCGAUAAUUGUGAGUGGAAUUUAUUAAAAUAUAUUGGAUAUUAAUAUAUAGGAUAUAAUAAUGUAUGUAAGGCAUUAUCGGUGUAUAUUUUCGUUUUGGAUUUUCUAUUUUUUUUUCUUCCUUCCUCCUUUUUUUUUUUUUUAUUUUCUCUUCAUCUUAAUUAUACCCAACGUCCAAAGAUUUAUUCGCAUGCUCAAUCGAUCGAUCGAACAGGAGGAUAGAAAAGGGCAGGAAGUGUAGUUAAGAGGAUAAAAAUAGAAUACAAUCUUGUAGAUGAAUCGAGCAACGAUCGACAUUCUGGCGAUUAGGAAUUUUUAUUUAUCGUAUAAAAGAAAACAAUCGCAAUAAUGCGUAAUCAAUGUUUUUUUUUUUUUUUUUUUUUUUUUUUUUUUUUAAUUUUACUUAAAUUAAUUAUUUUUUUGGGCCGCUUCAUCAUUAAUACACCGCCAAAGUCCCAAUCCAGAUCCCUGAUCGUCAUUAUAGGCGACAUACAAAAAUGGUCUAUGCAUACAUAUAUUCGUAUGAAAGCGAUGUCGUGCAUGCGUAUAUGCAUAUGUAUGUCCAUAUGUAUGUGUAAUAAUAGUAACAAUAGAGGUAGAUAACGAUUUUAAAGAGUCGUAAAUUUUUGUCUCUGUUUAGGACGUUAAGGUUUCAGCUGUGCUAGACAACUAUAGGUAGAUAUAUAUAUGAUACACGAAUUAAAAAUACAAUACAUAUAUACGUAUUACUCACAUCUAAUGUGUACUUUCAGCGUGCGACGAAUGCGAUAAAUAAAUAAAAACACACGUAGGAAGUCAAGGAUGUAUCUCGCGCGACGAGUUAGCAGUUUUUCACUAAUUUUUAUCUCCCGUUCUUUGACGGAAUGCUUUAAGAAUAUAAUUGAAAAUGUUCGUACGAUAUUUCAAGAGAUAAUAAAUUCAACGAUUUUUUACGCGCGAUACAAAUUUGCAGAAACACGAAUAAAUGAAUACCACGAACACGCUCGUAUAGGAGAUAUUGGUUUUCUUUUGCUUUUCUUUUUUUUUUUUAUCAGGUAGUCGCAAUUUUCGUGGGUCAAAAAGUUCGGGCUUUUCUUUUGUUUUACGUUCGCAAAGUUUCGCAUAUCUCUACAAUUAUAAACAUACAAACACAAGAUAUAUAGAAUAUAUAUAUAUAUAUAUAUAUAUAUAUAUAUAUAUAAAACUUUAUUGUUAGUCCAUUCGUUUUCUUCUUUUUAAUAAGUUCUCCUUUGGGUAAUACCGAGUCCGAGCGUUAAUUAAAAUAGAAGAUAUGAAUGAAUGAGCGUACCGAAAAUAUAAGAAAUGUAUCACAACGUCGUCCAUUUUUAUAUAGAAAUGGAAUUACGUACGACCUGUGUACAUUAAAUUUUUGGUACGCGAAACAGUGAUACUUAUUUGUGAUCGAUAAUCGCGACGAAAGGUAUAGGUAGAAUUUUAAACUCGCCACCUUUCGCUUCGCCGUUUUGUUUUAAUUCUUUUUUUUUUCCGUUUCCUUUAAUUUAGUACAGUUCUAUCGUUUAUAGCUAUUUCAAAAUCCUUACGUUCUGCUUUUUUUUCUGUUUAUUCAACGGAUACGUUUGUGCACUAGCCUUUCUUUUUUAUUUUUUCUUUUCGUUUAUAACUCGUUUCACCACAAUAUUUAAUCCACUUGACAUUAAUUAUUAUUUUAUUUAACAUUAGCAUCUUCCAAAACCUAACAAACAUAUUCAGUGGAUCGUCUGUGAUGGUGAUAACUGAGUUGGGCCUACCAUCAUUUUAUAUUAUACAUACAGAUAAAUACACACACAUUUACACACAAAUACAUGUAGAUAGUCUCUAAUAUCGCGUAGGUUUUUGCAUCGAUAUAAAUAUUAAUGGUUUUUCUUCUAUUAUUAUUACUGUUAUCAUUAUGCAUUAUAUACGUACAGAAGAUGAUAUAGAUUCAUGUGCAUAUAUUAUAAAUAUAUAUACACAUACAUUACGAAGAUACACACACGCAUAUGUACAAUAUGUACGUACAACAGAUAUACAAACAUAGCUCGUUUAGAAACAAGAAAACUAAUUUUAUCUAAUUUAGACAAACUAAAAAAAGAAUAUAUAUAUAUAUAUAUAUAUAUAUAUAUAUAUAUAUAUAUAUAUAUAUAUUGCUGUUUCGUUUUUGUCAAUAAAUGAAAUCUACUCUUUGAAAGAUGAUUGUUCGAACGAGAGGAAAAUUUUAAAGACCGGUUCAAAGUCCGUUAAAAAGCUUGCAAAAGACAUCUUGAUCAUUUUGAUCUUGUAAUGAUACGCACGCACCAGAGUCAAAUUCUUUAUAUUUUGAAGGUAUACCACGGACAAUGACUUGUCUCUCUUUUCUCUCGAACAACAGUAAGAACCGAUAUGUGUUUUCAACACGAUUCAUCACGAUGGUUUUCAACACGAUUCAUCACGAGGAUUUCUCGCCUACGGCGACACUUAUACACUCAUGACUUUUCCAUGUUUUCUCGGCGUUUCUCGGAAGAUUAGCCAGAAGAUUAGAAGAGAUGAGGAUGGAAAGAAUUAAGAGAUAGAGAGAGGGGAGGGGGAGGGGAGAAAGAAGAAGAAAGAGGAAAAAACGUCGAACCAAAUCGCGAGUUCUUUGUACUCGUCCAUAUAAUAACAAUACAUACAUAUAUAUAAGCAUAUAUUAUAUAUUAUUUACGCAAAGUAAACUUUAACGAGAAACGUACAAAAUGGAAAAGAAGGAAAUGAAAUAAGCGAACGCGCCUAUUACUGAUAACAAAGUUAAAGGAGGUGAAAGAGGAUAAGUUAAAAGGAGAGAAAUUAAAAAAAUCUUCGGACGUGGAUCACACGAAUAUUGGCAAGAAGGAUCGACGAGAAAAGAUUAGAGGAGAUUCGUUUAACAUCGGCUUUCCAUUUUCUCGUCGAUGCGAUUUCGGUCACGCGUGUUCUACGUCGCGAGUCCCGAUUAAGUUUCACAGAUUAUAAAUUUCAUGCCCUCCCUCGCAUACGCAAUUCCUUGAAAAACAAAAACCUCUUAUCGAAGGAAGAUAAAAGGGUAGGAGGAAAAGCCGGUUUUAUCCGAGGAACCCGAGUGCUAGAAUGAAAAAAACGUAUUAAAUGACAAAAAAAAAAAAAAAAAAAAAAAGAAAAGAAACAAGAAGAAAAUUAUUCCUCUUAUUUCCUCUAAAUGGUGUAAUUUAAUAGUAAUAAUAAUAAUGAGAUGAAACAAUAAUGAUUAUGAUAAUGUACAUUACCCGAUUAUUGUUAAUACUUAAACGUUAGAGCAAGAAAGAAAUUUUAUAUCGAUUGACGCUACUGGAGAGCGAUUUUGUUUUUCCCUUUGCUCGCGAAGACGCUGAAUCAGAUGCGCCUUCGUCUCUCGAAGUUGCGUUCCGUAAGAAAAAGAACUAAUCGCGAUUAGAAGGAAGAAAACUAAUAGAAGGCAAAAAUAGAGAGAGAGAGAGAGAGAGAGAGAGAGAGAGAGAGAGAGAGAGAGAGAGAGAGAGAGAGAGAGAGGAGAGAGAGAAAGAGAUAUGUGUGUUUUGUUUGUAAGAGAUACGUUUAAAAAUUGUAUUAAUCAAUUUUAUUAAUGAGAAGACAGGGAGUACUACUUUGAAAGAAAGAGAGAGAUAAGUGGAAGAUAGAUGGAAAACGUUGUUGGAGAGACAAAGAUACCAGGCGUCGAUGACAGAAAUAGUACACACACCGGCUGUCUUUCACACUCUUACGGUUGAAAGAGUCCGAGCUCCAGGUUUGUCUUAAUUUCUAAAAGCGUGUGCCGAUCCGGAGAAAUGAAGAGAAACGAAAAAAGCGGAUAAUUUCUGAGAAAGAAAAAGAAAAAAUCGAGAUUUUCAGGAGCUCGGCCGUUUAUCGAAUCGAUCGGAUACGUUGGCUAAGGUACAAAUGUACAUAGAACAUAAUGUUGUUAUUAACAAUACUAAUACAUAUACUUACAUAUACAUACACAAACACAACACAGCCAUAUAUGGUCGCUAUUCGCUCGUGCGCGUUUUUCGAGGCGGAUAAAAAGUUUAGAUAAAUGAAGAUGGGAAUAGAAAAUUUAUGAUGAUAAUUUGUUAAAACUCGGCUCGAAGAGAAAGAAAUAUUUGAUUGGAUUGAAAUAGAUGAAGAUGAGGAGUUGAGGAGAUGAGGAGAAGAGAGAGAAAAAAAAGAGAUAUUAGAAAAGUUUUGUUGUUAGAAUGAUCUCGUACGAUUUUCGAAGGCGCGUAGGAGCGAGGAUUAUCGGACGAGAAUAUGAAAGAAUAUUGAUUAAUUAUGGAUCGGCGAUCGUUCGUUCUCCAUUUACAUCCAAUUGUCAGAAAAAAAGACAUGUUGAGAAAAAAGAUAUUACACUACAAAUCCGUUUUCGCUCUUCGCACUUGCACUACGCUCGGGACUUUAUUCUACAUGAUAUAACAUAUACAUAUAUAUAAUAGUAAUAGUAUGACGAUACGAAGGUAUAUAUGUAAGUGCGCUAGAGCGCUAAUUAAGAUUUUACGCGUGAGCAUAUAUUGAUCCCCUCCUUCAUACCCAUACCCGAAACACUCCCCGUAGUUCUAUGCAAACCCGAAAAUACCAAAACCCGUUUAUAGUAUACACUUUUCCUAUUAUUAGAAAAGGCUUUAAAAGGAACCAUUAGUGUUUGAAUGGCGUGUGAAUGUGUUGCUAUUCCCUUUUUGUUUCUGUACGGUGUUAGCGUUCAUUCGUAAUACUAUAUUAUAUCAUAUAUAUAUUAUAUAUAUAUAUAUAUAAAUAUAUAUUGUACGUUUUAAAUAGAAUAGUAUACGUUGUGUGUAAAGGUGUAUCCAAGCGGCCAUUUUUUUCUUAUUAAAUUCAAUGAAAUUAGAAUGGUAUUGGUAGUAGUAAAUUUAAACGUAGUCAUUACGAACGAACAAUUCGUUAUGACUGUUUAAAAAAAAAAAAUUUAAUUUUUUUUUAAUAAUCUUUAAAUUAAAAAAAAUUUUUUUUUUAAUUUAGGGCCGUUGUGAGCGGUACAUGAUCGUGUCAGUAUAUAAAUAGAAAUCUUCAAUGUAUCUCGCGAUAGCAACGAUGAUAAGAGAGAUACAUGUAUUUCUCGACGUAUACGUCAUAUGCUAUAUGCACAAAUACGACGUGUAAGACUGCAACGCGAUGAUUCGCUUUUUUUAUAAGAAAUUCGAUUACGGCAAAACGUAAAUUUAUAGAAUUAACACCAAUCGCGUGAGGAUUCUGACGGAGGGAAGCAUAAAUAAUAUUCGACGGAUAUUCGACGAGUAAGAUUUCCAGAAUUACGAUUCGGACUUUACCUUCUUUCGGAAUUCUUCGGACGUAUUAAGGAAAGAAUUUUUUUAAUAAAUUAUCUAUGGUAAUCAUGAUCGUUGAGCGCGACAAGUUUCUUUUUCUUUUUUUUAUUUUUUUUUUUUUUUAAGGAGGCUAAAUGUAACAAAGGCGCGGAUCCGAAGGGUAGAUUUUUAAAAGAUUGUCUCGAAGAAGUAAUGAGAGCAUGACGAGAGGAGAGGAAUAAGAAAAAGAGACAAUUAACACGAGGACUAAAUUAAGAGUUUCGUAAAAAUUUAGUAGAUCGUAAUUUGGAGCAUUUUUAUUCGGCUGUGUUUAAUAAAGGGUGGGGAUGGGGAAUGGGAGAAGAAAAAGAAAAAAAGAAAGGACGAAACGGAUAACUAAAAGAAAAAAAAAAAAAAAAAAAAAAAAAAAAAAAAAACAAAGCAAAAUUUAGAUUCGCUAAGAUUUCAAAAAUUUAGAUGAAUAAUUUUUGUACCCUAUUUUUUUAAGUGCGAUCAACUUCCUAGUCGAUCACGGUUAUGGAAGGGAAGGGUCGAGAAAAAGUUUUUUGAUACGCUAGACUUUAUCGGAUUUAAGGCGCCAAUUAAGUUUAGUUUUUAAGUGCGCGUUACUGUAAGCUGUAGAAUUUUUAUAUGUGUCAAAAUAAAGUGGAAAAAAAUGGAAAUCGGCGAUAAACGUAGAUAAUAUUGAUCCGAGAUUCGCCUCCGCUUAGCCCGUUAGGUUUUUUUUACGGACAACAAAAUUGAAUGGAGACGAUAAAAAAGAAAGAGAAAUAGAAGAUGAAGAAUUAUAGAGAAAAUUUUGAAUGAGAUCGAGUCCAGCAAAGUAGCACCUUCCGAAAAAGCUUUGAAAGACGAUCGAACAUAAAAAUUUCGAUCGUUUUCGAUAAUUAUCCUCGACGUUGAUUACGAUGACGACGACGACACGACGAUUGAUCGUGUUUUUGUCUUUCUUUUUUUUUUUUUUUUCUUUUUUUGGAUCAAUCAACUUUCCAAUUUCUCACAUACACACAUACACACAGCGCAUCGAAUAAGGCCAAGGCGAAUUCUCUUAAUAGCCCCACACAACUCUUAAGUCUAUAAGUAAGUUUAUAAUAUAAAGGAAUGAAAUCAUUCAUUAGCUCUUCGUAAAGUAACUUAAUCGUCUUUUUAAAAUAAGUUGAAGAAAAAGAAAGGAGAAACCGAUCGGACGGCAAGCAUGGAAGCGAUCUAAAAGAAUCGUUGUAGAAAAAAACAUGCAUUUUGCAACGCAAAAGCAAUUUAAUCAUGCUGGUAGUGCGGACCAAACGGGACAAAUGCGGAAGAAAUGUUUUUUAAAAGGAAGGAGAAACAGAGAGAAAAAAGUCAGAAGAAAAUGAUUCGAGCGAAAGGAAAAGAAAGAUAAAUAAAUGGAAAGAAAGAAGUGGGAGUGAGAAAGAGAGGAUGAAGAAAGAAAGAAAGAAAGAAAAUAGAUAUAAUAAAUUGCCGCUCCAUCGGAAAUCAACUGUCUGAACUCGAUCGUAGUGAUAUAAACUCGUAAUAAGACGCGACUAGAGGCAUUCGUAAUUAUCACGCGUUUGUAAACGACGAGCGGGCUAAUUUCGAGAAGCCUAUGUCGCGAAAGAGACCAUAAUUGGCUACGUGGUAUUCGAAAGCGAUACGCUAACGUUUAAGGAUAUUUCAAGCACACUUCUUAAAUAUAUUCAACGUAUUUCUAGCGUAAGAAGUCUAUUUCCUUGCUUUUUUAGUUUGUUUUUUCUUAAUAAUUAUUAUGACACUUUGCUACUUCCAGUAGAUAACGUAUAUUUUAUCGGGUCAAUGAAGAAGAAAUGACUUGCCGACUUUUUCAAGAACGCCUCACGCAUAUCCGAUGUAUAAAUUUUAUCUUUUAUCGUUUAUGUCUUUGUUAUAACAAAGAAUAACAAAUUUUGAUAUUAUUUUCUUCUUCUACGUAGACAUGCAUAUUUCGAAGGGCGGUUGUGACACGAAUGAUGGCUAACGAACGAUAUGUAAAGAUUAUUUGAUCAUGGAAAAAGUGAAUGGAGAGAAGGAAAGAUAAUUGAAAGAAAAAAUACUUGCAAUAAUCUUCCCAUGUCUUACUGCCCUGUUCCGGGACUCGUCAGUUUUGUUCGUUCUUUGAGACGAAGUCUUUGAUCUCGGAAGGCGAGAGGCCAAAUUUGGAGAAAUGAAUAAAGUAUAUAAGAUGAGAAAACAAUAAAGAAAAGAUAAAAAAGAACUUUUCAAGAUUUAGGUCGCGCAAAGUUGAAGCUUUUUCGAUGGAAUCUUUAGGUAGAUCAUGAAGAUCGAUUUUCAUAUUAUUCCUAGCACAUUAAAGGUAGAAUUAUUAUAUGCACGUACACAUAUACAUAUUAUACAUAUACACAAGAAAACAGACAGGAAAAAAACGAGAGAGAAAAACAGAAACACAUAGAUGUACAGUUUGAUAUAUUUGAUUUUUUAACGAAAUGUAUCUAUAUAUUCAUACACAUAUAUGCGUUAAUAGUUUUUAAAUCUCAGGUCGUGAUCGCGUCGUGGAAAACGUGGCAGUGUCUUUUUUCCCCAUAUGCGAUUCGUAAACUCGCAUCGAUCUUCGCACGUAACCAUAGGAAACCUCUUUGUUCUCAUGGUAAGGAAAAGCACAAGUAAUAAGCCUAUAAAAAUCCCAAUUUAGCUUGUACAAACGGAGUUUCCCUUGCGUUUGUCAAUUUCGACAACUUUUUUUAGUCGAGAGAAGCGAAAGCGAAUGGAAAAAAGAAAUUUUCAUUCGUCAUAUUGUGGUGAAAAAAAAAAAAAAAAGAGAAAAAAAUAGGCACAGCAUAAAAAUCUUUAGAGAUAAAACGUAAGCGCGACUCCGUUUAUUUAGUAGUCUCGAGUGAAUGAUGAAUGAAUGAGUGCGAAUGAAUUAUCCUUAAAAAAAAAAAAAAAAAAUCCUUUAAGCAUUGCCGUAUGGAAAUCCAUACAAAAAAAAUCGUUUUCUUUUUCCCUUAUUUCUUUUGUCCUUGUGGCUAUUGAUCCACGUGUUAUUAUGAUUUAUUGACCACUAGAACUUCUUCCGUUUUCUUUUUAUUUUUUUUUUUUUCUUUUUAUGGAGUCACUUUCAUCUCUUCCAGAGAGAGAGAGAGAGAGAGAGAGAGAGAGAGAGAGAGAGAGAGAGAGAGAGAGAGAGAGAGAGAGAGAGAGAGAGAGAGAGAGACAGAGACAGAGAGAGAGAAAGAGAGAGAUAUGGAGCGCACUUAAGGUCGUGCAACCACGAAACUGCGAGUUUCAUUUACAAUAUAUUUCUGAUAUAGAUACAGUCAAAGAAAGAGGAAAAAAAAGAGUAAUAGUAUUAUACAGUAUGACCUCGUUUAACUCGAUCAUAAAGAAUUAUAAAGAAUUUUCUUUGUUUCAAAAAGGAAUUUGAAUUUAACAAAAUUGUUCACAAAAAAUUGUUGUAAAUUUUAACACUAGAACUUUUACAUACAUCUAUCAAGUUGAUGAAUACUUGAAAAAAAAAAAAAAACAGUAUCCGUCGUAAUUAUUAAAGUUAAUAUUAUAUUUUAUUAUAAUUCCAAUUAAUAUUAUUUUAACAAUUAUGAUUUCAAUAAAUAUAAAAGAAGAAAUGUUAAAUCAUUUAAAUAGUUUUAAUGUUAAAUGAUUGGAUUUGAAUAGAUCACCAUUUUCUCUAUAUGAAAAUAUUUUGAAUUAAAUCUUAUAAAGUAUUUUGAACGUAGGUAUUUUUUAAACGUUUCUAUCAUUGAUGAAGUUAGAAAGAAGAAACUCUGUUGGAUUUAGCCGGCAAUGAUUACAAAGGACGUACAUUUAAUUUAAUUGGCAGACGUCUCGAGCAUUCGGCAAACAUCGUAUUCCUUCGGGUUGCAUCGAAAUGCAAUGAACAGAGAAAAUUCCUUUUGUUGCAAUAUCUCUUUGUCUUUUCUUAAUAAAAAGGAUAAAAAAGAGAAAAGAAAAAGAUUUUUUGAAUUUGAAAUUAAUCUUAUUUUUUGUGUUUCGUGGUUGAACGCGCAUUCCAAUUUGCGAACCUGACUGGCUUCUAUCACGGGACAUUUUACCAAUGUCCUGAGUGUUUCUUCUGAGUCAACAAAAAAAAAAUGAAAAAGGGAAAGGAAAAAUCGGUAUCGAAGAGAGAUAAAAAAAGUAAAAUGUUCCCAAGUUAGGAAGAAAAAAGCAGCGUGGCAGAUGUGUCCUUCGAUUACCUCCCCCACAUAAGAGUACAAAUUUUUCUAAUGGAUAAUUAUAUCGAACGCUGACUAAAAUAUAAAAACGAAGAAGAAAGACUAUGAGGCGAGAAAGAACAAAGUUUGAGAAAUAAAAUAAUGGGAGAAGGAAUGCAAAGAUAACGGAAAAGUAAUGAAAAUUGAAAAAGAGGAAUUAUUAUUAUUAAUUAUUAUUAUCGAAGGAAAGAAAGGUGGAGCGAAUGUCAAAGGUGCGAUAGUGGAUAGAAAGAAAGUGUCGAAAGAGAUGGAAUUAAAUAUUAGAUUUAAAAAGGAAAGAAAAAAAAUAAACGUUUAAUGAUGUUUUCCCUGGUGGUAUAAAAUAAUAAUAAUAUUAUUAUUAUUAAUAAUAAUAAUAAUAAUAUUAAUAAUAAUAAUAAUAAUAAUAAUAAACAAUAAUAAUAAACAAUAAUAAUAAUUAUAAUAAUAAUGAUGGUAUAACGAUAUAAAAAUUUUAGAAGUUUAUUUAUACGGUACGUGAUUCGGCAUCUUACCAAGACUACGCAAGGGCCAUUGACGUUAUAUAUUUAUAUCGUGGUACGAUAUUUAUAUUUACGUAUAGAUACAGGAACACAUAUGUGAAGACACAAAAUCUAUUCGUAUGAAAAAUAACAGUACUCGUGUCAAAGACUCGAUUGCCGUUAAAGCAAUUUGAGAUGCGGCUGAGCGACGUUUUCUCGAUAUACCUCUUAAAAGAAGAAAAAAAAAAAAAAAAACAAAAUAAUAAACCAGAUUUUAAAAUUUAGGAUAAAGAACUAUAUAUGACGACGUUGGACAAUGGCCGGAUUCAAUACAAAGUUUCGAAAAACUUAUUCCGUGUUUAUCGGGCUGUUCUGAAAUACAAAAUGGCGUAAGAAGAAAAAUACAAAGAAAAAGCAUAUUAAAACGCAUACUAGAAAGGCAUAUUGAAAGAGGAAAUGAAUUCGCGAGAAGUUUAUAUCGUAGUUAUGUAAUAAGAUUUCGAAAUAUCGAUGUAGUUAGAAAUUCGGUGUGUUUAAAUUGCAUGAUGAAUCUAAAUACGAUAGGAUGCGAUAUAUUCGAGGGAAACCGAUAAUAAUACUACUGCUACUACUAUUAUACUAUUCUACCGCUACUGGUACUACUAAUCUACUAUUGAUACUACUAAUCUACUAUUACUGCUACUAUUAUCACUUACUAUUUAUUACUUACUAUUAACUAUUAUUACUAUCGAAAAGUUAUCUCUUUCUAGCUACCCCUUUUUCACUUUAAUAUGCUGACCAUCAGCCGAUCGUGAGUCGAUUAUAAAAGAUGUCCGUUUGUGUCAAAAAAGAAACUAUAGGAACUAACUUAUGGCGAAAAAGGAUGUUACGAUAUUUCGAUUUUUAAGAAUUCGGAGCAUUGUCAAGAAACGAAAAGUAAAUGUGUUAGAGUUCCCUCGAUUUUUAUAUAAACUUUUAUUUUCAAUAUAUUGACGUUGAAAAAAAUAAGGAAAAAAAAAAAAAAAAAAAAAAAAAGAAGAAAGAAAGAAAAAAAAAAGGGUUUCGUUUACGGCCUAGAUGACAGCGCGAAAAUCUCGUCGCCAAUAUAUUUCCGAAUUUUGGGAAAUCGAUAAUCGUAAAAAAUCACUUCAUAUACACGAUAUAUACAUAUUUAAUGAAAUAAACGAAAUAUCGAAUCAACCAUUACUGCCAUGUAAUAAGACUCGAGAAACAUAAUCAAUUUCAGCCUAAUAAUAAUAACAAUAACAACAAUAAUAACAACAACAACAACAAUAAUAACAACAACAACAAUAAUAAUAUUAAUAAUAAUAAUCACUUUUCUCCGAAAUAUUACAUUUUUAUAUACAUUUUUGAUAUUGAAACUUUAUACAAUUUCAUGCUGAUUAUUUAAACACAUAUUUCGAAAAAUAUUUCAUUAUUCCGAUGCCUUUUUAGACUGAUCUCUUAUCACGAGUAAUAAUCGAAAAAUAGAAAUUUUACAAAAUAGAGAAAUCUAUAUAAAUUGCUUAUAUGAAAAAAUAAAAAAUAAAUAAUUUACAAUACCGACGGCCCAUGUCCGUGCAACGAAUUUCAUGAGAAAAUGAUUACAACAUUUUUCUGCAUUUUCUUUUUGUUUUCUAUCUUCUUUUUGUAUUCUGUGGUAAGAACUACUUUGUAUGAUCGACAACGACGAAUUCAUUUAUUUAUAUCGAUUAAUAAUGAUAAUAAUAAUAAUAAUAAAAAAAUUGUAAUAUUAGUAAUAACGAUUAGAGUAAUAAUGACAACAUAGUAAUAAUAAUUGUAAUAGGGAUAAAAGAUCAUCCAAUGAAUGACGUUAAAGAUAGUGAGUAACACCAAGGAUUAAAACCAACAGUCGAAGGGGAAUAAAGACGUCGAAAAAAAUAAACGCGUCCAGACACCGUCGACUCAGUUGACUCCAUAUUCGAAUCUUCAAGAAUUCCUUGAUCGUUCGAAUAUCCGUACGUUUUGUCUCGAGGGCUGGGUGGACGGUCAACGGUUGUCGACAAAAAAGUGAGAGAGAUACGUAUACACAUUAUUAAUAAUAAUAUACAUUAUGGAAAUAUAUACAUAUAUACUAUAUAUAUAUUUUUGAUAUAAAUCUAUUCAAAAGUGCUCGACAAAAAAAGAAGAUGAGUGGAAGAGAGCUACGUAAAAAUGUAAAUAGAAAGUAUAACAACAAUAAUAAAAAAAAGAACAGGUGUGUUUUUUUUUUAAUAAUAUUCGUCGUUGUCGACCAAAAGAGAGGAGAAACGUGACUGCUUUAUGAGUGACAUCCGUAUAUCAAAAUUUAGAGAGAAAUUUUCUAAUCGCAUGGAGAGAAUGUCUAUAAGCCUCUUUCAAUCGACGUAUAUGUCUUUAUCAUAUACGUUCGUCUGAAAAAUUUGGAUUUUUAUUUGGAAUUGAAAGAAAUGUUCGGAAAAACUCGUUUUGCGGCCCGUUGAACCUUUCCUACGAAGUUUUCAUUCUUAUCGUUUAAAGACAGUCAAUGGCUCGCAGUUGUUUUUACUCUACGCUAUCGAAUUUUUAUCACUUCUUUUAUAAUUCGUUUAAAUGCCAAAGAGCACGGAGAACAUGACACAUUUAGGGUGGGAAUUUUCAAAUAUAUAUAUCAACCAUCAGGACACGUUGAUGGAUUCAAAAAUUAAUUCAAAGAUUCCAUCAUUCGUAUCUUCACUUUCAUAUCUCGUUUAUAUUCACAUAGCUAGUAAUCGAACAAGACCGAUUUCACGUUUAUCUGAAAAGUUUUUUAACAAAGGUCUUCAACGGACAGUCUCUUGUAAGUUAUGAUCGACCAACGAAACAUCGUUCGAUCGUAUCAAUAAGAACGGAAGGAAAAAAUAAAAAAAAUAAAAAAAUAAAAAAAACGAAAUAACAAAGUAAAAUCGUAUCAAGCACGAAUAUCGAUAAUGAAAGAGAAAAGAAUA